AUGCUACGGAUCUCCCUCGUUUCCCUGAUCUUCGUCCUUCAUGCCGCUCAGGCUGCUCACACAAAUCUUGCAACUGAGCGAACUCCGUGGACAAUCGGACAAUCCGUCAACACAUCCAGCAGCAUUUUUGUCGGUCAUGCUGCGCCAAAUGCCACAGAAGUCUCCGAAUACCUUGGAAUUCUUUAUGCCCACGCAGCUACCGGCAACCUUCGAUUUGCUCCGCCAGUGGCCUACUCGAGCAGUGAUGCCUUCAAUGCUACCAGUUUUGGUCAUGCAUGUCCUGUCUUCCAACGUACACCAGGCUCCUCGGGAAGUAGCAGCAAGUCGACUAGUGUCAACCUGACCGCAGCCGGUCUGUAUACAUCAGAGGUCAACGGAGAAAUUGGGGUGAAGACCAGUGAAGACUGCCUAUCACUCAAUAUCUGGACAAAGCCCCAGGCCGGAUCGUCUCCCAAAGCUGUGAUGCUUUGGGUAUACGGCGGUGGUUUCACGUCGGGUAAUUCGAACAAACCGCUCUACAACGGCCAGUUUCUGGCCAAUCGAGAGGAUGUAGUCGUCGUCAGCUUCAAUUACCGUGUCAAUAUUUUUGGCUUUCCCGGGACACCCGCAGGCUCUCAGUGUCAGAAUGUCGGCCUUCAGGACCAACGCAUGGCUGUCGAAUGGGUGCGCGACAACAUCGCAAGAUUUGGCGGAGAUCCAAAACGCAUAAUCCUGUGGGGGCAGUCCGCUGAUGCCAUGUCUAUUGGCUACUAUGCAUACAGUUACACCUCCGAUCCCAUCGUUGCCGGCUUCAUACAAGAGUCAGGGACUACCUCCGCGAUUCCGGUACUCAACGCUUCCGGCAGCGCCACCAUCUGGUACAAUGUGACGACCCAUGUCGGUUGCGGAAAUGCCUCAUCCGAUCCCUCUGCUGUACUCUCCUGCAUGCGCAACGUGAAUUACACCAACAUCCUGAACGCCCUCGAUGGUCAAAAUUUCUAUCCUACCAUUGACGGCCGACUGGUAUUCAAUUCCUCCGCCUACACCUCCCUCAGCCGCGCAGGAAAGUACAUUCAAGUUCCGCUUCUCAUUGGUAACAACGACAACGAAGCAGCUAUCUUCCGGGUCGAAUUCGUUGAAGCUGGCAGUCAAGAGCUGGACUCCCUUUCUCCUGAGCCGUCCUACACCGACCGGCGCUUUGCCUGUCCUGCCGCAGUUCGCGCUAAUGCUUCGGUCUAUCACAAAGUCCCAACGUGGCGAUACCGGUGGUUUGGGCUCUUUCCCAACACGAAUCUCACCGCAUAUCCGGACUCAGGCGCCUAUCAUGGCAGCGAAAUACCCAUUAUCUUCAACACUACUCCUGGACCCUCGCAGAACACCAGUGCAAAUACCAAGCGAGAAGAAGCACUCAUUGCAUACAUGCAGGGAAUAUGGGCAGCUUUCGCGAAGGACCCAGUAAAUGGACUGACGAGGCUUGGUCUUCCUCGCUUCGAUCCAACGGAAGACACACUUUUAAGAUUAGGUUGGGAUAAUGACGUUGGGCCUCAUAUCUCAGCUGCACAAGUAUAUGAUGCUCCGUGCGGAGACCAAUUCCUUGUUACGGGUAGUGCUGAUGGGGCCGACGGCACUGACGACGAGGGAAGCACCACCGCGGCCUCUGCAAGCGGAACCGGAAGCACUUCCAACACGAGUACCAGCGCUGCUGUCAAGGUCCGCGGAUCUGGCUUUUGGUGGUGUCUUUGCAUGUUUGCGGCUACAAUCAUUGUUUGUAUAUCGUAG